CGUCGGGAAAACGAAGCAUGAUCAUGCCAGCUGUGAUCGUCGUCUGCACGCGCCGAUCGAUUCACGUGGUCAUUUAGAUCGCUCGUGGUCAAUACCACUCGUGGAUUGUUGAUUUCACUUCGAAAAAAUAUAAAUGGCUGAAAGUGCCGAUUUCCCGCGGAAUAUUCAUUGUCGUACCUAACUUCAACUUGGUUUGUUUACCCGCGUGACGCGUGACUGGCCACCGUGUCGUUUGCGAAAGUGAGAUCCAGUGAUUUCAACGAAUGAGUUUUAGUUUUACUCGAAGAUCGUUGUGGGAAUCAUCGUAUUUCGUCCACCACGCAUACGUUGUGACAUUUGUGGUCGUUUUAGUGUGGAACUGAUGCAGUUACGGUUUCUGCGAGAAAACUAGUUUCACCGAAUUAAUUUUUUUUUAAAUAUUUUGCCAAUGUAACGCUCUGCAUAAAGUGUCAAAAUUGAUCCAGCUACCAACUCCGAUGUCUGAAGGUUAACAUGACAAGCAUUUUAUCAAGGAACUUAUCAAUUCCAAAACAAUUCGCGGUAAAAAAAUACUUGGCAAUUUCACAAUAUCGUAGAAAUUGUAACAUCAAAUUUCAAUCAAAUGAAUUGAACAAAGAAAAAGAUUAUUAAUUUCAUGUUCACGAGUCGAUCUAUUCUACAAACAUUGAUGACAAUUAACCUAACUUCCCUCACAACAAAUUGUAAUCGGGAUUCUUGGAGCUUCGUAAAAAAGAAAAGUGAUUUAUCGCGUUGACAUGAAAACCGAUAUGCCGGACAUUAAGCAAGGAGAGGUAAAAAUUGAAAAUCGUCGCGAACCAUCGAAACAAGGUUCGAGAUCGAGAGUGUGUCAGGAGCAUGACGAACAGGACUGUCUAAGUGAAAAUGAACACGAGUUCGAAUCGCUGGAGUAUGAGGAGGAUGUAUAUUAUUCGAAUUUAACAGCAACACCGAGUUUCGAUGACAUUGAUGAGCUCAGUGACGACGUGGAUGAAAUCGUUGUCCAUUGUUGGCGGGAUUCGAACGGUGAUAUAGACGAGAUCGUGGUGGACGAUGCAAAUUUGUCGGUAGAGACGCAGUUUUUGACGAAUGAUGCCGAGGACGGCGCAACUAAUCGAGACCAGAAGAAGAAAAAGAAAUCAGUUCGAGUAAUAUUCCAGGAUUUUUCGAAACCGUACUUGGCCAAAAUUAGCAACAGUCAAAAUUACAAGAAGUUCCUCGAAUUGGUAAAAGGAGAAGACGCCAGUCUCCAUUCAGCUGGUUACAUUUCGCCAACGUCAGAUAACGUGGUGAACGAAUUGCAAGGACUUUCUUUGGAAGAACAAAAUCGUCAAAAGGCGGAAUGGAGUGCAGAAUUAGCCAAAGUGGAGGAAGAGAUUCAAACCCUGAGGCACGUGCUGGCGAACAAGAUCAGAGUCUCUCAAGAUUUGAAGAGGAAACUGGGUAUCAGCGUUUGGAAGGAGAUCACUGAUGAUAUGAAUCAAGGGUUGAAAAACGUUAAGGAGAGUCAAGUUUAUCAGAACGUCGGCGAGAAACUCGGUCAGAUCACCAAGGCAGUCACCGACAACAGUUUAUUCCAGAAGACGGAGUCUGUGUUCAAGACAACAGCUGAGAAGACGACCAGCAUUCUUGGCGGUUUCGGUAGUGGAUUAUCCAUGAAGCUUGGCCAGAUGCGUAAUUCAGACAGUUUUCGUUCAUUGGAGGAACGAGUUGGAUCUGCCUAUGAGAACAUGAAGACAAAAGUUGUGCCUUCAAGAUCCAAUUCGAUGCAGAGUUUCAACGAGAUGCUUCGAGACACCGAUUCGUUACGUUCUGCACCAACAGCAACUAGCCCGACUAUUCCUGAAGAUAAACUUCUGUCUUAGAGUUGGGCCUCUCAAGUCUACAUCGAUUUCUGCCUCUUCUCUGCGUAACAUGCUGAUGCGUCGAUCCACGACGCCGGUUGUUUCGUCCUAUGCUACUCACUAUCACUUUCCACCUGCGUAUUGCUAUGCGAUGUCAUAUAAUCGAUCAUCUAUUAAAAAAGAACAAAAAAAAAAAAAAAAAAGAAAAAAAAAAAAAAGAAAAAAAAAAGAAAUUGUGGAAAAGAGCAAAAAGAGUUGGCUUCGCGGAACUCGAUUAAUAUGGUACAACUCGGAUGAUUCGUGUCUUUUGGAUGUCUCCUCGUGUGCACAAAAUUGUGUAGGACAUUGGACGUUGUUGAAAUUGAUAAUUGCAACUUGACGCUUCUUUGAAACUCAGUAAGUUGCACAAUAAAUCUACUGAAGCGAAAGAUAAUUUAUGAUAUAUAUUUAUUUCUUUUUUUUUUUAUUAAUUCUUUUUGUUCUAUUUCUAGCUUUUUUUUAUAUAUAAAUUGAUUUUUAACGAUUAUGGAACUUGUGUGUAAUUUUAUGGACAUGAAAUCUUGAUGAUUUUUUGAUAAGUUUAUUUUUAUUUUUUUUUUUUUUUUUUCGAUUUGAAGAGAGGUGCAAGAUUUUUGUAUUGAUUAAUUCAAAGAGUUGAUUUUUGUACGAUGACAAGAGCUUGUAUCAGAAAUUUGCGUUUCCUCUAACGAAGAUCAUGUUACACAAGAAGAUGGCAAUUAAUUUCCUUAUUUUAUCGAAUUUAUUUGCACUAUGGCGAUUUUUUAUAACGCAUAAUAUAAUAUAUCGUUGAUACGUACCUUAAUGUUUCAACCUAUUUUUUGCACCACGAAUUUGUGAAUGUAGGGCACACACGCUUUGAAAAUAGAUAUUUUACCUCGGUGGCGUUUUCUCCCGGACCUUAUACAUUGGACCUCGAUAAUAUUAAACAUCUGAAAUGGUAUUACCUCGAUGUAUUCCUAUGACAUACGAAUUCUGACUAUCAAUAUUCUUCGAUAAGACUCGUGCUUCGACAAUACUAUCUAUUUUCGUGUGAUAACAAGAGGAUCCAAUCUUCUUUAACAGUUUUUUGAAUUAAUGCGGUAACAUUUUUAGAUCAUUCCUGGAUUAAUUUAUGCGGGACACAGGUAGCUGCCAUUAUCUUCUUAAGAUUCUUAAAUUUAUCCUAAAUAAAAAAAAAUAUAUAUAUAUAUAUACAUAUAUAUAUACUUAUCUUCAUACGUUAUUAAAUGUCUUUAUAAUUAUAUCAUAAAACAUUUUAUAACUCGUUACAUUAAACUUAAAACGAUAUCAAUUUUGAAAAAAUGAUAUAGCAAUUAUGAUCAUGUUUUAUUCGAAUUGAUAUCUUUUAUCGUUGUAAAAAAUUAAUUAUAAAUUCUAACUUGACAUUGUUAUUCAAUGGAAAAUCAAAUUCUUUGUCAAUGUGCUAUAUAUGUGUAUUAACAAGAAUUGUUUUCGUUUUGAAGAGUUUAUGAAGAGUCUAUGGAUGGUUUAGAAGUAGUAGUCAAUGGAAGAACGAGGCUUCCCGUGUUCCGUGAUCAUUGAGCCUUACAAAUGACUUUCAAAAAAAAAAAAAAUAAUAAAUAAAUAAAUAAAAAAUAAAAGAAUUAAAUGCAAAUUGACUAGGAAAGCGAAGAAUAUUUUUUAUUACGCUCUAGAAUGAAAUUAAAUGGCGCGGAUGCGCGAUGACCAGAGCGCGUUUGUUCAACAGAUGUGUUAACUUUGAGGAAUCGGAUGCAAUUAUAAAUACACGUAUAAAUACACUGAUACAAAGUAUUUUCACCAUAUUUAAUUACUACUUAUCUAUCAUUGAAACUCGAUUUAAUUCUUAUAAAUCAUAAAUCUGCGCUCAUGUCGUCAUCGACAGCCUGCUACAUGAUCUACUUGUUCAUAUUGGUGAAUAAAUAAUUAUUUUAAAAAAUGCUACAUGUGAAGAGCGAUUUUUCACCCACUGUAUGGAAUGUGAUUUAAAAUGCUUGUUAUUAUAUUAAAGAUCUAUGUGUGCUUUCUUAAUUAUAUAAAACUUAUUCGUACUUAAUGGGAAUUUAAUAAUAUAUUUUUUAUGAAAAUUUUAAAA